AUGGACAUCAAGCUCAGGCUUGUCCAUCCCUCCUUCUCUCUGUUUGGGGUGGUGUAUUACCUGAGGGAUCUGAUUUCUCCUAAAGUCCACUGUGAGCUGCUGCUCUUCUGCACCUGCACCGCUCCCCUGGUUCUCCACACCUACCUGGUGCCCAAUGACCCAGCUCACAUCCAGGCCAUCCACCAGAAGGAGGAGAGGAGGGGGGUGUGGGUCGACAAACCAGGCGCUGUGGGCCCGCUCUGGCUGAAGGACAGUGUUGCUGUGAGGACAUUGUGUUUGUCCGAGAUCCUCCCUGAGAAGAUGAACCUGUGGCCGCUCUCCACUCGUAACUUCUGUGAGGUGUACAUGGAGCAGCCAGAGGAGGAGUUUGAUAUGGAGGUCAUCAGCUCUCAGCACACAGAGCCCAUCUGGAGAUCUAAGAUCCGCAGACGCGACUACUGCCAGCCCAGCAGGAGCCCAGCACAGGGAAACGUGAUGGACUCUGAUCCAGAUGACAAGAAGAAGAGGAGCAGAGACUCCAAAGGGGGCGUGUCUUCAUCGGACACUGACAGGUCAGUCUUUAUUGACCCAUCCCACGUGACGUCAGAGCAAAAUGUCCAGCAGGGGUCCAAGAGGCCAGAUGGGACCCGGGUCAGAGGACAGAGGGACUCUACUGCAGGACACAGAUGGACACCAAAGGAGGCAGAGGUCCAUGAGAAACAUCGUUCUACACUGAAGAGCAAGUUUCAGCAUCUGAAUGAGGGAGUACCUAAUCAGGGAGAAACCAGACUCCUCCAGGAGAUCUACACAGACCUCUACAUCACAGAGGGAGGAGGAGGGGUCAAUGAUGAACAUGAGGUCAGACAGAUAGAGAGAGCAUCCUGGAGAGAAGCAGCACAAAGCAGGCCAAUCAAAUGCAGUGACCUCUUUGAACCCUUAUUGGACGAUGAUGAUGAUGAUUGGUCUGAUAUGUCUGAUGAUAUAUCUGAUCAAUAUGAUGAUGCGUCUGAUGAAUCUGAUCACAUCAGAACAGUAUUGACAAAGGGAGUGGCUGGCAUUGGGAAAACAGUCUCUGUGCAGAAGUUCAUAUUGGACUGGACUGAGGGAGAAACCAAUCAGGAUGUCCACUUCAUAUUUCCUCUUCCUUUCCGAGAGUUGAACCUGAUGAUGGACAAAAGACUCAGUCUGGUGGAGCUUAUUCAACACUUUUUCCCAGAAAUAAAAGAUUCAAAAAUCUUCACCAACUCAGAGCACAGAGUCAUGUUCAUCUUUGAUGGUCUUGAUGAGUGUCGACUGCCUCUAGAUUUCCAUUCCAACCUGAGAUGUUGUGAUGUGACAGAGCCAGUUUCAGUGAAUGUACUGCUGACAAACCUUAUCAAGAGAAAUAUGCUUCCCUCUGCUCUUCUCUGGAUUACCACCCGACCAGCAGCAGCCAGUCAGAUCCCUCCUAAAUAUGUGGAUCAGGUGACUGAAAUAAGGGGAUUCAAUGACCCACAGAAAAAGAAGUACUUCAAGAAGUACUUUAAAACAAGAACCAGUGAUGUAAACCUGGCCCUUAGGACCAUCACACACCUGAAGUCAUCCAGAAGCCUCUACAUCAUGUGCCACAUUCCAGUCUUCUGCUGGAUUUCAGCCACAGUGGUAGAGAGAACAUCAUUUGAAUCAGAAAAAGUAGCAAUGCCAAGAACUCUCACUCAAAUGUACACUCACUUCCUGAUCAUUCAGACAAGCAUAAAAAAUGUCAAGUACACAGAGAGUAAAGAGACAGAUGAAGAGAUAGUUUUCAAACUGGCGAAGAUGGCUUUCCAGCAGCUGGAGAAGGGCAAUCUGAUCUUCUAUGAGGAAGACCUGAGAGAAUGUGGCAUUGAUGUCACAGAAGCAUCAGUGUACUCAGGAGUGUGUACUCAGAUCUUCAGAGAGGAGUCUGGGCUGUACCAGGGGAAAGUGUUCAGCUUUGUGCAUCUGAGCAUUCAAGAGUUUCUUGCAGCUGUUUAUGUGUUCCUCUGCUUCAGACACACAGAGAGAAGCAUGUCUGACCAACAACAAACCUCUCCGCUCUCUGCUCUGUUCAGAGCUGUGACAAUGCAUGACCUACACAAGACUGCAGUGGACCUGGCCUUACAGAGUAAGAAUGGACACCUGGACCUUUUCCUCCGCUUCCUUUUGGGCCUCUCACUGGAGUCCAAUCAGGAACUCUUAAUGCACCUACUGCCACAGACAAGAAGUCAACCACAGAGCUAUGAGCAAGCAGUCCAGUAUAUCAAACAGAAGAUCAGAGAUCAAAGAAUUUCAGACAGAAAGAUUAACCUGUUCUACUGUCUGAAUGAGCUGAAUCGUCAUGCUGUAGUGGAGGUGAUUGACAGGAGCUCUGGAACUCUGGAUGUAGAAAUGCUCGUACCAGGACAGUGGGAGACUAGGAGAUUUAGGUUUAAGAUUCCAGAGGAGCAGCUGGAUGAGUUUGACCUGCAGAAGUACAUAAAGACACCAGAGACUGAUGAGACUGAACUCCUCAGUCCAGAUGAAGUUCUACAGAGGCUGGUUCCAGUGGUCACAUCAGCAUGGCUGGUUAAGUGUUCCCUCACAGAGAAGAGCUGUGCUGCGAUAGCGUCAGCUGCCAGAUCAAACUCCUGCAGUUUGAAGGAGCUGGACCUGAGUCAGAAUGAGCUUCAUGAUGCAGGAGUUCAGCAUCUCUCAGAGCUCCUCAAGAAUCCCCACUGCAAACUGGAGACACUAGAUCUGUUUAAGUGUUCCCUCACAGAGAAGAGCUGUGCUGUGAUAGCGUCAGCUGCCAGAUCAAACUCCUGCAGUUUGAAGGAGCUGAACCUGAGUGACAAUGAGCUUCAUGAUGCAGGAGUUCAGCAUCUCUCAGAGCUCCUCAAGAAUCCCCACUGCAAACUGGAGAAACUAUGGCUGCAGUAUUGUUCCCUCACAGAGAAGAGCUGUGCUGUGAUAGCGUCAGCUGCCAGAUUAAACUCCUGCAGUUUGAAGGAGCUGAACCUGAGUUACAACAAACUUCAUGAUGCAGGAGUUCAGCAUCUCUCAAAGCUCCUCAAGAAUCCCCACUGCAAACUGGAGAAACUAGUUCUGUUUAAGUGUUCCCUCACAGAGAAGAGCUGUGCUGCGAUAGCGUCAGCUGCCAGAUCAAACUCCUGCAGUUUGAAGGAGCUGGACCUGAGUGAGAAUGAGCUUGAUGAUGCAGGAGUUCAGCAUCUCUCAGAGCUCCUCAAGAAUCCCCACUGCAAA